UUGAAGUACAAUGUAUAUAUCAUGGGCUUUCGCAACGGUCUAUAUCAUACUUAUAAACAUCAGUCUUGAGAUAACUAUCCAUCAGCAUGGCAACUACCACGAAGCAAAGAUUCCAUACCUUGUUCAAGGAUGAUCCGUCAGAUGACCACAAUAAAAUCGAACUCUUCUCCCCACUUGAGUCUCAACAACAGACCGAGAUCACAGCAUUCAACACUAUCUCUCAAUCCAACGUCGUUCCUCUGAGAAAGCUGAAACAAUGGCCUCGAGCUGUCAUAUGCCCUGCCUGUCGAGAACUCUCUCUGACCCGAGUUGAACGCAAGAUUUGUGGUGGUACGCAUGCCAUGGCUGCAUUAAUGUUUGCGUGCACGAUCGUUGGAGGCCCUCUUGCUUACAUUGGGAAUCAGUGGAAGAAUACUGAGCACUACUGUUGCAGAUGUAACCGGAGAUUGGUGACUUGGCACUUCAGCUCUGGGACCGAGAUUCACGUUUGGUAAUUCAUGUCGCUAUAUCGAAAAUAGAUGAUUUAUUGAGACCAUAGACAGUUGUGCUUCAGCCUUGCCAAUAGCUCUAUAGUUGAUACCAUUGCUCUUUUAUCCGGAGCUCAAAUCCCAUAGCCUUUUGAACUCGCUCUCCUUCUUCAGUAGCUCCCUUGGGUUGUCCCACUCGAUAACCCUUCCUCCUCCCAUCACAGCAACUCGAUCAAAGUCAACAACAGCACCCAGUCGAUGUGCAAUAGCGAUAACCGUGCAUCCCACGAACUCCUCUUGGACCACCUGUCGGAUCAAUUGCUCCGACUUGGCAUCGACGUUGCUACUCGCCUCGUCAAGAAAAAUAAUCUUCUUGUUAGCGAGUAUCGCUCUGGCAAGGCAAAGAAGCUGGCGUUGACCUUGUGAUAGUCGCUCGACGUCAAGAAUGCUGUCCAAGCCUCCGAGCUUCUCUACAGCGUCUUUCAUCCUUAGGCGCUUGAGAACGGC